GUUAUUUUAUUAAUUAAAAUGGAUUUAGCAAAUAAGUAUUGUGGAAUUAAUUAAUCAAGAACUUGUGUGGUCUAAUUAAAUGCAAUUUUUUAAAUUUUUGAAAUAAUUCAUUUAAUUUAGUGUUUGAUUGAAAAAUAUUGCCGAAAAAUGGCAGAAUCAUUAAAUCCUAUGUUACCCACUGUAAACAGUGGGUCAUCGUAUAAUCCAACAACUGUUUCGAAAGCAACCAGAGGACCGCAAUAUUUAGGUGCAAUUAUAGUGUGUUUGGCAGCAGUUUCAGCUGGUACGGCCAUAGGAUGGAGUGCUCCAGUAAUACCCCAACUAGAAAAUGGAACAACAGCCCCAUUUCCUGUAACAAAAUCAGAAAGUUCAUGGAUUGGUGCAUUUUUACCAGUAGGUGCCUUAUUUGGUGCUAUUCCUGGUGGAAUUUUGGCUGAUAAAGUUGGACGAAAAUUGACAAUCUUAUCAUUAGCUGGACCAUUUUUAAUAAAUUGGGGUUUAAUUGUUAUAGCAAAUUCUGCAACUCUUAUGAUUGUUGGACGAUUUUUUGCCGGAUUAUCAACGGGAGCGAUAUGUGUAACAGGUUCUAUGUACAUUGGAGAGUUUGCUGAAACUGAAAUACGUGGAGUUUUGGGAUCCUACUUUCAAUUGUUUUUAUGUGUGGGAAUUUUAAUAUCAUUCGUUUUGGGAGCGUUUUUGGAUUAUGUCCAAUUAUCUUUAACACUAGCUGUAAUUCCAAUUAUUUUUGUUAUAACUUUUAAAUUCAUGCCAGAAUCUCCGGUAUAUUUGAUGACAAUUGGUAAGCGAACAGAAGCUGAAGACGCUAUUCGAUGGUUUCGUGGUAAAAAUUAUAAUGUCACACCAGUUAUUGAGGAAAUACAACAUACAAUUGACGCCACAGCUGGUAAAGAAUCCUCAGUUGCGGAUUUAUUUAAAACUAGAGGUAAUUUGCGAGCAUUUAUUUCCAGUUUAGGAUUGAUGUUAUUCCAACAAUUCUCUGGAAUAAACGCAGUUAUCUUCUACACAGUCACAAUUUUUGAAUUAGCUGGAAGUUCAUUAAAUCCGAAAGUGGCUGCUAUUUUAAUUGGAAGCAUUCAAGUAGUUAUGGCUUACAUCGCUGCAACAAUAAUUGAUAAAGCUGGUCGAAAAAUAUUUUUAUCUCUUAGUGGUGGAAUUAUGUUUAUUUGUUUAGGUGGAAUUGGAUUUUUCUUCCAGCAAAAGGAAUCGGAUGUGGAUGUCUCAAAUAUUGGAUGGUUACCACUCAGUUGUCUAUUACUGUAUAUUGUAGGAUUUUGUUUGGGUUAUGGGCCUAUACCAUGGAUGAUUAUGGGUGAAUUAUUUACGCCUGAAUUGAAAGGUGUUGCAAGUGGUAUUGCCGUAUUAACUAAUUGGUUUUUAACUUUUGUGGUCACAAAAUCGUUUGAUGGAAUGGUAGCAGCGUUUGGUAUCAGUGGAACUUUCUUCACGUUUAUGGCGUUUGUGUUUGCUGGUUUGGUGUUUGUACAAGUUGUUUUGCCGGAAACUAGAGGAAAAUCAUUGCAAGAAAUACAAGAUGAGUUAAAUGGACGGAAGCAUAUACGUAAAUCGGCUAAUAUUUAAAAA